CUCAUCCGGGGGACGACGCAAUCCUCCUAAACAAGUCAAAUCCGCAGAUAGACGACGCGUCAGCUGGAAAUCCAUCUCAGUAUAAAAACACCGUCUUCCUUUAUGUCACUUGAUAUCAGUGAUCUCAUUGGCGAGUUUGCAGAAGAGCUUUCUUCAGGUGGUUUUUCCGUUUACAUGGACGAAGAAGACAGUACGUCCAUGGACGUCCUCGAGUCACCCUCAGAUGACAUUGCCGCGGAACUCGUCUCUGAUCGCUCAGCAUACGAGAAGCAAAAGGCUACUCUCCAGACUUAUAUUGAUUCCCUCCCUUACGAGUGCGAGUCCGUUGAUGUCAUGCAAGCUAAGCUUGAGUACAUAGUUGGAAAGUUGAUAGUCUGCGCUAAAUCCAAGAAUUGGUUGGUCCUCACCACCUGGGAUGCAAUCCUGCAAUGCUGGCUGCAGAUGCGCUAUCCCAUGACGACCUCCACCCGCGCCGCAUUGGUCCGCUUCUAUUACGAAUUAUGCCUUCUGCCUGGCAUAGAGGUACGGGUCAUCCGUAGCUGGGCAGAUAUGUUGUACCGUCUCUUGGGAUCCAAGACUGUUAAACGCAAACUUGAGGCCACUGACCUCCAACUCCCCUGGAAACCCCUAUGGGAUGUAUUGUACAAAGAGCUGUUCCCCAAGAGCCGCCUCGCAGAAUUUCAGGGAAAUCGUAACUUAAACAAUAUAUUGCUAUAUGUCGCGGAGAGCUGUAAACGCUAUUUCCCUGCGACUGAUAUUCCCGAUAUGCUCGAGACAUUCUUGCCUAUCCUCACGCCCGAUACUACUUUGACGAUGAUUCCCGUGCUCACAUCGUUCCUUCCGCCAACCCACACACAUAUCUACCUUCCUGUGAUAUUCAGGAUUUGGGAAGCUUUCAAUUCGCACAUCAUGGACGAUAGGUUUCUCGAAUUCGCCGGAAUCCUCGCGGAGGAACAUGUCGCUGGUAAGGAAGGACUUGCGGGAGAGGAAGGAGGUGCCGCAUGGAAAGAUAUCGGUAUCUGGACACAAGAAGAGUGGUUGAUGCUUAUUAGUAAAGGAAUCGAGUCGCUAUAUGUCCCUGUGGGCAAUUCGAGCCAGAAUGUCGCUGCUACAGCUGUUCAGGCAGAUGCUACCGCGGCACGCCAAGGUUCCAAGGUCAAGAAAACAAUUAGUAGGAUCAGUUUCCUGGCUAAACUAUUUGUAUACUCAAUGGCCCUCGAUGGUCCAAUACGCGGAGAUUCUGCAUCCACUCCUGGGUCUCCCAACAGCCAGCCGAUGGGAUACUUGGCCGGUUCGAAGGCGCUUGACUCGUUAGACAAACUGAUUACAAGCACAGAAUCCUUCUUUCAUCCAUCAAACUCCGGCCACUGGACGUUCACACUCACGAAUUUGUUGCAACGUCUUACCGUCGAGUUUGCCGACAGAUGGCUUGAAGAACAGCAGCCUUCAUGCAAAACUCCCGUGGCACACCGUCUCACUCCUUCUCUCCGCCGAGCGUUCGUCGAUGUUUUACGCACGCCUGCGUUCCUUGCCAUGUUUUCCAAGGAUUCAUUUUCUAUUAGUAUGGCACAAGGUGCACUGCGCACUAUGGCAUUGCUUGAGCCGACGCUCAUCAUGCCUGAGCUCCUUGAGCGUGCCUACGGUGGUCUGGAAGUGGUAAAUGAGACCCACCGCACCACCGCAGUGUUGAAGAUGUUGUCCGGCAUUUCACUUCCGCUUGUCUCAGAGAUGAUAUGGAGGCCGGGACAAAAGCACUUACUUCCUCUUCUCGAACUCUGCCUUCCUGGCAUUGAUCUGAACGACCCCAACAAGACUGUCUGUGCUACUUUAUUCAUCGUCAGCACCAUGCAGCAUGUGAAGGUCGGAGAUCUCUCCAUGCACCACUCUGGUUUCGCGUUGUCUGGAGAUGCGCCAGGCGAGGAGCUGAUGGAGGUUGAUACCGAGGACACCCACAUCCCUGAUGGUGUCGAAAUGAGCCCAUUUGUUUCACUGAGCAAGCGAGAAGAGAGGACUCUUGUCCGGGAGAGCACGGCAGGCUUCGCAGACUGGGUGACAUCCCUCUUUCGUAGAGUUCUAGCUUUAUACGAGAAUCUUCCUGAGGAAGGUGGGAAGAAGAAGACUACCGGCGGAAAAUCGGAAGAGACCGUUUUGAAGUCGAUAAAGAGCAUGCUUGACGUGGUCACCUUGCACCUCUCAGACCAAUUAUUCGAUCUCGUGUUGAAUCUUGUUUUCGACUACGCUGCGACAAACGCGAAGUCUAACGCUAUCCGAGCGUUCGGGCAGCUUGUAGCAUGCCUGGCACGCGCCCAACCCCAGAAGACAUUGGAUAAGUUUUUGCCGUCGUGUAUCUCACGCAUACAAGAGGAGCUCAAGUACGGAGCUUCCAGCAUUAGAACAACAUCAACACACGAUCUUGUUCCAUCUGACACAACGCUGCACUGGAAUAUGUCGAUAUUGCGCGGGUGUCUUGCGUACGGUGCACAUGCUCUCCUCAAGCACAAGGAAGAUAUCAUCAACCUUUUAUCGUUACUGUUGAAUAAAACGAAGAAUGAACGUGGGUACACGGGCACUGCUGCGAUUGUCACUAGAGUGAUGCACGCGCUGUCUGGUGUCUAUCCAUCUGACAACCGCUUCGUGAAUGAAGACGUAUGGAAUCAGCCUGAGUUUAACGAGUCGCACAACACUCAAUGGGGUCGCCUGUACGAAGCAAAGGAUGUAAAGGUGGAAUGGCACAUUCCAAGUACUGAGGAAGUGCAAUUCAUCUUGGACAUUUUGGAUCGCGUAGCAGCUCCUGCACUCGAUAAGAUAGAGACAUUGGCGCGGUCUACUCAACAUUGGGAUGAAGUCGUUAGGAAUGACUUUUGCAGGUACCUCUUGUUUGAAGGACCUAAAGACGUAGUACACCCAUGCCUCGAUCCAGAAAUAGAACUGGAAGAACUUAUUGUUGAUCAUAUUGACGUCAAAGCUGGAUUUAUUCUCACUGAUCUCAACGAUCCUCGUUACCAACAAGCCUUGCAGCAUCGCAUACGUUUUGGCAAUGUCACCCACUUGGCCGCAGUUGCCUUGCGCCAAAUCCAAGGAGGUGAAGAUCAUUUGGAUGCUGUUGUCGCCGUCGUGAAGGCCAUCGACACUUACUUUUUGGAUUACGGGAUGAGUCGGGCAGACUUUAUCACAUUGCAAAAGAAUUUUGCACAGUCGAGAGAGGUAAACCGAGUGUCAGCAAGGCAAAAAGAGAACUCGCGAAUUGCGUGGGUAAAAAGAGCACAAGUCUACCACUGUGGCCGGCUCUAUAUACACGCUUUGUAUCGCCGAAGAUCGUCCCUGGACGACACGUUACUGAAGGAAGACCUGGCGGAGCUCUGUUUGUCACCAUACACGCGAGUGCGACGCCUCGCUCAGAAUGUGCUGCACAGCGCAUGUGGUGUGAGUACAAAUAUAUUCUGGUUUGACUGUACGGUGACCUCGGUCCAGUCCUAUGUCCGCGCAACAAGAUACAUCUUGCCAUCUAUCUUCAACGCGCUGUCGAAAGGCAAUGAUCCUGAUAGGAUCAAGGGUGCUUUGUACGUCCUUGGUAAUAAAGGCACUGCCGCGCUGACCAUGUCCGAGCCACCGCUACGACGGCAAUACCUGGUUGCUUUGCUAGAGUGCCAGCACGAAGAGAAACCUUCGAUACAGAAGCUUGUCACCACUUUCUCCACGGAGUGUCUAAUACACCUCGGUGAGGAAGUCAUAAGGACUUCUUCAUACACAGCCCCUACUCCCGGGAUUGAAUCCUCUAUUCGCACUCUUGAAGAAGAGUUCUCGCCUGCUAUCAUUGAUAGCGAGCUAACAAAGGUAGCGGUGGAAUGUGCUGCUAGGCGUGCAAAGCGAUGCUUGGAGGAGAGCGACAAGACUGUCCGCUCUAUUCUUGAGAUUGCCUGUCGGCCUACUACCCAUUGGAGAUAUGUACACAUGGCCAUGAAGUUUCUGAUGGGCUUCCUCAGACGCGACGCAGUGGCUCCUCCGGAGUUGGUUCGCUUCUUUAUGGAACAAACACUUAGCCCACAAUCAGGAAUAAGGGCUAGUGCUGAGCAGGCAAUCGUAAAGACUGCCGUUCUCAUGAAGAUACGAGCAUAUGCCAAAACUGAUGAUGAGCUCUGGCUCUGCAAAUGGCAGAGCCCCUUCGCGAAGACUAUUUCCAUCAACAACCCACCUGCUUUCCUUGAGCAACUACACCAACCCAUUAAUGAGGUCGACGGCUUUUAUGUCGACCUGCUAGACACUGGCUUUUUGGCUUGGACGAAGACCAUCAAAUGCUAUCCUGUGAAUCUGACCAACUCAGUGUCAUGGGACUUGGCGUCAAGACAGUGCUUACAAGCCAUGCGUAGCUGUAUUGGAAAAGGAUAUUUCACUCAGCUCGCAACAUUGUGGAGCCAAGAGUCUAGCAAGGCGUCUGGCUCACCGCAUCUUCACGCAGAGAAUGUGAUUUUUAUGAUUACUCUAGCGAAGUUAUUCAAUGGCGAACACAUGCAUUUAAUUCUUCCAAUUGUCGAGCCAUUGAUGAUCGAUGCGGAUAAGUUCAAGCAGGCGGCUGCGGCUGAGAUAUUGACUGGACUGUUGCGCGGGUCCAAACACUGGCCUAAGCAAACGCGAGAGGAACUCUGGUCUUGGCUCACGCCGCGCUUUAACGUGAUUUUCACUCAGGCAAAGCCAGACACUGUUUCAUACUGGACUUCAUUCCUAGAGCAUACUUUACUGAACCUCGACCCACGUCGCUUCCAGCCUUUGGUAGAUUGGAUAUUGUCCCUCCAUCUUGACUUUCAGGGCGACUCUGCGUUUUCCAUGACGAAGGCUCUUAAUGUUAUCGUUGUAUUUAUUGAUUCUGUCGGUGUCCGGUUCAAUGGCGUAUCUGAGAAAUAUGCUUCGAUUUUCUUCGACAACGCGGACUCCAACUAUGCGGAGAUAAGGACUUCGAUAUCCAAUGCCCUGUGUCUGAUAGCCAAGUACCAAUGGAGACCAGCAUAUCCCUCUGUGGAUGCUCUCCUCGCGGCAUGCGCAGAGAGUCCAGAUCCACUCCGAAUCAGACAAGGGUUUUUCUCUUAUCACGUACAAUCGAUCAUCGAUAAUCUGCCAAAAUGGAAGGAUGAACGAUUUUCUCCACCUAGAGUCUCACAGUCCCGGUAUGACAAAGUCGGCUUGACCAUGCUGCUCUGGUUAUGGGUGUCUCUUCAUAGCCCUGAAGCUUGUCUUGUUCGUCCUCAUGCCAUGGCUCUGCUACCUGAACUCUUGAGCAUGUCAGAAUUGAGCGACAAUCCGGAACUUCAAAAGUACAGUAGCGCUGUACUUCGUGUGUUUUCCUCGGGUCAUCUGCCGCCUUCGCUUACGCACAUCGUCCUGGAGAACCUGGUUUCAGCCAUUCAAUCAUCUGAGUCAUGGCGAAUUCGAUUGCAUGCAUUGCCUGCCUUGGUCGUUUUCUUCUAUCGGAACCUCUUGACGAUUUCAUCUAACGGCGUACUCAAAAUCAUGGAUGUAUUACUCGAUUGUUUAUCAGAUGAGAAUGUCGAAGUUCGAGAAAUGUCGUCGAAGACCCUGGCUGGAGUUGUAAGAUGCUCACAGCGGCAGAAUAUAAUUCCACUGAAGAAUCGUUUCAUAUCAUUAGCGCGCAGCGUAAAGCUCCCCUCGCGCACACACCAUGACUAUGGAGAGUCGCUUAGGAAGUUACAUUCCGCUAUCCUUGGUCUAUGUGCCCUUAUUGAGAGUUUCCCGUACUCUGUCGAGCCGUGGAUGCCGUCCCUUACAGAAGUCCUGGCGAGACACGCAACAGAUCCGCCGCCGAUCUCGACGACGAUUCGUCACUGUGCUUCUGAGUUCAAGAAAACUCACCAGGAUACUUGGCACAAGGAUCAACUAGCCUUUGACGAAGAUCAAUUGCAGAGCCUCUCUACGAUGCUCGUUGGUACUUCAUAUUAUUGGAAUCGAUCCGCGCCUCCGUCAGGACUUAGGCAUCAGCAGGAUGUUAUUACAUCGCCGUAUCGACUAUGUAUAAAUUAG